UCAUUCCUAAAGGCAUGGGGAGAUGCUUGUGCAGCAGGGUCCCCAAUGGAGGUACCCGUUGGAAAGACGUGCCUUGUCGGUGAGAUAACAUUGGAAGGGCCAUGUGGAAAAGGCUUUGCACUUCAGGUAAAUGGUGAAAUCCUUGCUCCGGCUAAAGGCUCGUCACAAUGGACCGGUAGUCUUCAAUGGUUCAAUAUUAAAGGUGUGAAUGGGUUUACGUUGGGUGGUACCGGAAGCUUUAAUGGUAAUGGAGCAGCCUGGUGGACUAAGGCUGAAGAUGACGACUCUCCAAACAACAAUCUAUUUGUUGAUCAAAAAACUUCAGGGACCAAGCCAACGGCCGUCCGAUUUUAUGGAUCGACCCAGGUAACAGUAACUGGAAUCGAAAUAAAGAACAGCCCUCAGGCGCACCUCAAGUUUAAUGGUUGCACCGGUGUGAAUGUCAACAACGUUAAAAUUACUUCACCGGGGACCAGCCCCAACACAGAUGGAAUUCACCUACAGAACUCCAAGAGCGUUACCAUUACAGGCACAACUAUAGCAUGUG